AUGGGUGAGCCAGUUGCUAAACGUACAAAAAUGGAUGCUGGAGACGCAAAUGGUGAAGAUACACGUGGUAUCAAAACGGACUAUGAUGCUGCUACUCAAAAAGUUCUGGAACAGAUUGAUCAGGUGCAAGGAGAAAUCGAUUCAUUAAAUGAGAAGGCAUCCGAAGAAAUUCUCAAGGUUGAACAAAAGUACAAUUCGCUAAGAAAACCAUUUUUUGACAAAAGGAACGAGCUGGUGCGCGACAUACCCAACUUCUGGGUCACUGCGUUUGUUAAUCAUCCUAACAUAAGUGCCAUUUUGGACGAGGAAGAAGAGGAAUGUCUUCAUUAUCUUACAAAACUGGAGGUUGAAGAAUUCGAUGACAUCAAAUCCGGUUACCGAAUCAAGUUGUCAUUUGAUGAAAACCCGUUUUUUGAAAACACUCAGCUGGUAAAGGAGUUCUUCCUCGGCAACGCCGAGCCAACGAGCACGACUACAGAAAUUAAGUGGAAAACAGAAAAUGAGCUUGCGAGAAAGUUCAAAAAGCGUAUGAGCCAGAAUCCGUCGUCACAGUCAGGGCAGAGAUUUUUCUUCGGAUGGCUGUCAGAUAACCAGGAUCCAAGUAACGAUGAAAUUGCUGAAUUAAUCAAGGACGAUUUAUGGCCUAAUCCUUUGCAAUACUUCCUUGUACCUGAAGUUGAUGAAGCAGCUGAAGGUGGGUUGGAUGAGGAUGGAGGUUCGGAUGUUGAGGAUUUAGAAGAAGCUGAUGAUGCUGGUGAAGAAAACGAGGAUUGA